UCCCGAAGCUACCCGCAGCUCCAUUCACGUGCGUUCAGUCCAAUUUCAUAGUUUUGUUCCCGUUAUGACCGAGCAGACAGCCGCUGCGGGACAUAAAGUUGGAAAACCGAUGUCGCAUAACUGGGUCGAAGAGAUUUUUAUGGUUUUCCAACGAUUAAAAAAUCCUGUGAUUGAUCACUCAGAGAGCCAAGAUGGAGUCUGUGACUACGCUGAAAGCAGCUUAUGUUGUUCCAAAGAGUCCAGUGGUGAGGUUACAGGGCAUCAGAGGCGAGCUGCUGAAAAAACACACUGCCCAGAUGAUAAGAGAUGUCCAGACCUCCCUCUAGCACCUCCACCUCCUCUAGCUAAUCUGGGGGAAGCCAAGGCAUUUCCAAGCCAGCCAAGAGACAUAGUCUCUCCUCAGCAUGUACUGGUUCUGCCCAGGGGCUUCACAAACCUCUCUGAGGAGACGCCCAGGAAGCAUAGAUGCCCAAACCACUUCAGCUGGCUCCUUUCAAGUGAGAAGAUUCGUGCUGAUCUGAACCCACAGACUCCCAAAACGGAGUACUGCUCCACAACCCAGAAGGAUUUCUGUGUGGAGGGAUUUGUGCCUUUUAAACCUGAAACAACACGUAUUCAUGACUACAAAACCGACCAGGCCAUCACAUUUUGGAGUGAAAACUGCCAGCGGAUACAGGGUGUGACUGCCGCCCGGAGCUUGAAGGGACCCUUCAGGAAGUCGGCUCUGUUCAGCACGCCCAUCACCGAGCGGCUGGAUGAAAUUGAUCUCCCACCUGACAACUGAGACAGUACACCAGUGUGCUGUUCUGCCACCUUGUUAAUGAUUUUUAUUAAAAUGGUAAUCCAUUUUAAAGGUUAAGUUUAGUUCUUCAUGAUAGUGGCACCUCAAAGGAUUUGUCUUUUCUUUAAGGCUAUUUUUUUUUUUAUUAUUCUUAUUAUUAUUAUUAUUGGCACUCAUGUUGGUUACGUGAACUGCCAUCGCCAAAACAGCAGUUAGAGCUGCACGACACUCACUGUGUGUACUAGACAUUAUAAAUCCUAUGCAACAGCUAGGAGACCAGCAUAUAUUCUGUGUACCCGACUGUCAGUGUAUUGACAACAAAGCUGACUUGGAUGAGAUGAGUCAGCAGUCAGUGUUUGAAAAGAUGCUAUCUAGAUGCUGAGUACCAUGACCGCAGCUGUAUUUACAUCUGCACCAUGAACACGUCACAGGAUUGGGAGGAAAGAAGGAUGUUUUGAGUGUGUAAGUGGACCCGUGGGAUGUCAUUAUUUUCUUAUUACUGAGCAAGUAUCUCCAUGCCGUCAGUGGAAGAAACUCCAAGCUGCCGGGCAUGACAGAUUAACUCAUUCUCAGUAAUCUGCCAAUCAGAUUUAAUCAUUUCAGAUUGUCCCUGCCCACUUUUUUCCCAGGUAACAACAACAAAUUGACUAGAGGGUUUUUGAGAUGCUAAAGAUGGCCCCUGGCUGCGAGGAGUGAAUUACUUCUAAUCAGCCAAUCGUAUUGCGUCACUCAGCAUAUGAACAGGUUCAUAACUGUCUGAGAAGCCAGUGUUUUCAAAGUGUGGACACUUUGUUGUGUACACCUAGCGCUGCGUUGGACCCUUUUUGACUCCAGAACUGCCUUAGAGUAAUUCUUCUUCAUGAAGAUUUUGGUCCACGUUGAUGUGAUUUGUUGGCUCCCACAUCCCAAAGGUGCUCUGAUGGAUUGAGAUCUGGCGAGAAACCAGAAGCCUCUCAAGUAAAGUCUAAGAAUAUCUGUAAUAAGUAAACCUUUCACCCUGUCUCUCUCAGACUGUUAGCUGUGGUCCCUCCAUGCGGAGGAUGAAGCAGGUUUCACUGAUUGAUGGGUGUGACAGCAACUUUAGUACUUUCUGCACCUGACUGUUGUGUUGCUGUGUGCACCUAGCCGGGGGUUUGUUUACAUCCUCUGUUCAUCUUCUUUCUGUAAUAUGUCUGUGCAGCCUUUUUGCAACCUGUAAUUAUUGCAUUCAGUUAGUGCUGAGUGGCAAAAAGACACUCUUUUCUCUGACACCGGGUAAAUAUGUCACCCUUAAAGAGGAACAACAGCUUCUUCACACACAUGUGCUGCUACAGCAUGCUGAUUUAAAACAAUACAUCGCUGGGAGUCACACAGUGUAUGCUACAGAUUCAUGUACGUCUUGUGUCAAUCAAAGGACAAUGCCGGGCUCUGCUGAUCCUUUCCGGGCUUUCAGCAGGGAUUAGUAGGUGGUAGCUAUGGCGACAAGUAAUUUUUAGCGUAUAUCGCUGCAGCUUUUCUCUCCAAACAUUUCAUUAUCUCACAGCAUCAUACAGGAAAACCAAUUUGCCUCUGAAAGACAAGGGCUUGCAGCAGAUUUGUACUCAACAUUUGAAAUGAAAUGUGAUACAGCAACUGUCAUUUUGUUUCAGCUGUGCUAUUUAUGCAUGCCGAGCUAUGCUGUACAAUAGAAAUCUACAGACAAUCCAGACAGUGAAGUCAUUUUUAGGUCAGAAGGUAAUGUUCUGUUCCCACAAGUGUGUAACUGCUGUUUUAGCAUAACUUAAGUGACUGUAUCCUAGUGCUGACCAGGUCCUAACCAUAGACUAUGUAUACUAUGACAUCAUUUUGAGUCAGUGGCCAUAUUUGGACAAGAAGGCAGAGCGCUUAGUUAUCAACCGAAUGGCAGCAAGCUUGGUUAGAAUCCAUAAACUGUAAGGGUGCAACUCACAGACACAUGUCUCCUAAUUAGUGCAGUGAUGUCUCAUGAUAUUAAUCAGCUAAUUUAUUUUUAUAGAAGGCUUAAACUCAAACCAGUUAGCAGGGGUCAGUCCUAGGAGACACAGCAGGCUGUAGCUUUAAUUAGUCCAAGCGCUGAAGCCCUGAAGCCUCAAUAAAAAUUGAAGGAUGAGUUCCCAGACAAAAAUCUAACCUGGAACAAUCAUUUUGAAGAGGUAAAUUAUAUAAAGGGACCAAAACGAGUUUUUAUACCACUCUGUAAACCAAGUGUUGACCUGCAGGGUUAAAAAAUGAAGUCAAAGUGGAAGUGAAAACUGCAGUUUUUCUACUGGCUGCUGGAGGCACAGUCUCCAUAGACUCCCAUGGUAAAAGUACAGUACUAACAAAUAAAAAUAGUGUAUAAUUAGCAAGUUUAUUAUCAUUAGCGAAAACUAAACCAAAACAAUGAUGUUACAUCCACUUCAAAGAAAGUAUCACUAAUGCUAGGGAACAGCAGCUAACAACAGCUAACAAGGGUUAACAGCAGCUAACAGUAGCAAAAUCAGCAGCACUACAGACAGUUCAGCUUUCAUCGGUCAGAUUAGCUUCUCUGAAUUACUGACCCGUAUCAGACUCCUCCUCACAAAGUUUUAUAGCGUCUUCUGGAGUAAGUAAAAGUGCAUGCUUUUCACCCAUGUUGACAGCUGAGGUGAACAGUAGACUGGCAGCAUUCCACAGAUGGGGAAAAAACUCAAGGGCCGAUCCAGUCCAGACAGUUAUAGAAACACACCGGCCAUAGCCAAUACAGUCUAAAUUUAAUGUUUUUGAUCUCUCUUGGCUGACUAAAACAUGUUUGUCUUAUAGCAGGUGCCAUAGCUAGGAUUAUGCACUUGAAUGGUGAUAGGUAAGAAAACAGAACUUGGUUCACUGCAACUGGCAAACUACUGAAAUCUAGUGGUGAAAACAUUUAGGCAUUGUAACUUUAAAAAUGACCAACAUGUUUACAGCCUGGAACAAACAGAAAAUUAUAUAAGUAGUUUAUGUUGGCAUCCGCUUGGCUUCAUCUCCAUAAUAUUCUAGUCACUGAACUGGAUGUCUCAACUGUGUUUGUGUUGUUGGUGCUGUGAUAUCUCUGAGUGGUGGAUCAGCCAAGAAGUCUCGGCUUCAGUUUGGGUCAUAGACAGUAUAAAACAUGGAUGUAGCUUCGAGGUCAGAAAAUGAGACCAACGUGAAAGUGCCUUAAACCUGCAAUUUGUCUGAAGGCCAUCAGAUGGCAAUAGUUGUGGCUGCACAAACACUUGAACCCAUAAAGGUUAUAUGGAAAACGAUUUUCUGAUUUGGCAAUAACAGCAGCAAAAGGAGCUUUAGUGUAUGGGUGGGGAUUUGACUCACUUUUGGAUAAAGUCCCAAGUGGCCAUCAGAGGAACUGCAGCUUUUUGCUUUUCAGCCUCAAGUUUUUCCCUUGGUAGUGGCUAGAAUUGAUUUUUGCUCUUUAUUUUAAUCUGCAGAAUUUUGGCUUUUACUGUUUCUCUGAAACUAUCUGUAAAAUCCUCAAAAGCUUUAAACCACUGAGAUCAAAGAAAUUCUGUGUUCAACACAACAAAACACGCCGUCAUUCUUACAGAGACUGCGGCCAGAAAUAGCAAUCAGAAAGAGUCCCUACGAAGCUAAAAAGCUGAUAUUGCUCCUAUUUAUAGUUAUAUCGUUUUUUAAUAUGCAUAUAUCUUGCAUCUGGAAAUCACCAAAGCUGUUUUCCAGCGCUUAAAGAGACACAAAGUUACACUGUGUAAACUCGGAGCAGUUCGUGUAACAAAAGGUCUGAUCUAUAUGUGGCAAAAGCAGAAAGUAACAGAUGAUAGGAUGACAGCCAGGUCAGCUGAGAGAAGCUCGGCGUUGGGUUCAGUGGAGACCCUCAAUUCCCUCUGUGUGGCUCUAACUGGCGUCAGGAUGCGGCAUGUCGCCGCAAGAAAGUGGGCGGUAAUUACAGCCGUGCAGGAGGGGAAGAUGCUAUCCUGCAGAGAUGACAACGCACGAGCGCUCGCGCACACACACACACCCGUGCACCUGCUCCAAACCUGAUGAGCCUCUAAUGAGCGGUGAUGUCAUUACAACCAAAACACAGCUGUCUGCUGCCAACUCAUGUUUCCUCCUCGCUGUCUGUCCACAGGCUGCAGAUACACGAUGCUCUGCUUUACUGAAGCGCACUCUAUAUUUUAGGGAAAUGUAAAGUGAUAGACUGGAUGUAAAAAAUGGAUGCACCCAUUACACCCAUUAUUUAGUGAAACUCAGCAAUACUGCUCAUUCAUAGGGUAACAACCUGUCAAUCAUAAGGUAGUCCCAUCCUAAAGCAUGCACUAAUUGGGACCGCAGUUUACAAAAUUAAUAUCAGAUGUGUCCUCUCUCAUCACCAUCUCUUCCAGGCCAUCUAGGGGAACAACAAAGCAUUCCCAGGGCAGCCAAGAGAUGUAAUCCCACCUGUCCUGGGGGUAUCCCAGGGUCACCUCCUCCUGGUGGGACAUGCCCAGAACAUCUCACCCUAAUCAGAUGCUUGAACCACCUCAGCUGGUUUAUUUGAAUGUGGAGGAGUAGUGGCUCUAGUCUGAGUCUGUUGCAAAUGGACUGGACUCCUCACCCUACCUCUAAACGAGAGCUCAUGACCAUAGGUCAAGGUGGGACGUAGAAUAGAGGAGGAAAAGAGAACCACGGAGAAGAUUCGUGGAUGUAGUGAAGGACCUGCAGACGGUUGGUGUGACAGAGUAGCAUGCUACAGUAGAGACAGGGUGAGGUGGAGGCAGACGAUCUGCUGUGCUGACCCCUCAAGGAAAAACAUGAGGUACUGCUCACCUUGGCAGGGUGGAUGUAUAAACAUUUUCUUUGCUAAAGGGUCUGGGUAUCACUGAAUAAUGUUGGUUUCCUAGUACAAAUAAACAUAUAUUAAUAAAUGAAAUAUGAAGAAAUGUUCUUGGUCUUGGAAACAAAACUGAAAAGCUGGCCUGAGACAUCUGCACACGGUCAAUUACUCCGUUAGUUCCUCUGAAACUGAAACAGGAAGUCAGCUGUUUGUUUGUUACUAAACCAAAUCAAUAAAAAAAGUCAUGUGACUGAUUUCAAUUUUGUUUCCAAACGACAAAUUUGGAAACGAAAAAAGAAAACUCACUAGUUUGGUUGGUCUUGGGUAGACAGGAAGCAGAAGUUAAGAGAAAUAAAUAUGAAAAUAAAAGCAGAUAACAGAAUAACCUGCUUUGGAACAGCUUCGGUUCAACCUAUCUCGUUAACCCAUUAAUCUUCCAAGGUUGACAGCGAAGGUUAGAGUGCCUCUCUAGUAAAUUGGUUGCUGCACUUAAUUUUUUUUAAAAGAUGCAAUGUUUUAGAGGGACACUCGAUAUUUUGGGAACAGUAGAAGGUCACCUAUGAAUUGCUCCUGAGUUGAAAGUGGGUGUUUGUCAGGAAGAUGUUGUGUAAUGCUGAAAAUAAAGGGCUCUUUUCUCACAUUA